CUCCGUAGACCACCAGGGAAGUCCCUAAAAUAGGUUAGAGGAAAGAAAUUCAAGAGAAAGAAUUUAUUUGCCAUCCAUGUCCAUCAUGGAUACCUAAAAUGUUGCUAAAUUUAGAAACAAAAUAGCCCAUGUGAAAGAGGCUUCCCUGGUGGCUCAGAUGGUAAAGACAAAAUAGCCCAUAGACAUGCAUAUUUUGAACUCUGACUUGGUUAGUGUGGUGCUGAGUUGCUAUCAGGCAAGCAGGCAAGUCGCAGUGCCAUUAAAACCUGGUCCUGCUUGAUGGUUUCCUCAUUUGGGGUAUGGUAGGAAAAAACAGUACUAGACUGGUCAUCUCUCAGCAAAUCUUGGCAUUUCUGCCUGGCCCUCCCAUCUGUUAUCCUAAUUGCUAGGAUUACUGCUCAAACUUUCCCUGCUCCAUAUAGUUCAAGAUUGUCACAUAUCAUAAUGAUGUCCUCGUUGAUUACAAAAGUCUUCGGUCAGUGAACAAUGAAUGCAUUCAUCAAGUUGCUUCCACAUCUGAGUUGUUUGUGGGACUGUCUCCACUUGCUUGACUUUCAGAUUCUGACUUUCUCCCUCUCUUUUCCAAGCUCGAACUCAGUAAGUAAAAGCUGAGAUAUUGUCAUUUCCUAAAUAAUCCAAAGGGAAGAUCUAGCCAAAUUUAAAAGCCCUCUGACUGCUGUAUCAACUUGCCCAUGCUCCUCUCCCUAAUGGAACUUUAAGGAAUAACCAUCAUUGAGUAGAGCCUCCAGGUCAUCUUGGAUCUCACCGAACAGAGCCUCGAUAUGGUUAUUUUUUUUUUCCUGCAUUGUUUGUUGCUCACUGGGUAAAGCACAGGCCUGGGCUUCAUCUGGCUGUGUUUUCACCUUGCAGAGGCAGUAAUUGAAUCUCUGACAUUGUCCUGCCUUCAAGGAGUGUUCCAACUCAGGCUGCUGUAUUAAACCAGCGUAGUUCUCCGUUCUCUUGGAAGGUCGUGUCUCAUCUGUGGACAGUGAAUGAUGGCGGUGCCAACUCUCAGAAGAGUAAGGGCCGGCACCCCAAGCAUCUACUGUUCCUUCCAUGCAAAGGGCCAUUCUGAGUUUGCAAAGAUGGUGUUUUUACCUGUUACCGCCCUCUCUGCAAAUAACCUGAGCAGCUUCAGCACGGUGUGGGGGUUAGUACUUGCUCUCUGACCUUUGAGAACAGAUCUGUUGAAGCUGGUUGCAGUUUGCAGCAGGAUCUGUGGCAAAUUGGAGCAGGCUGCACGCUCAGCCCCUUCCUCUCCCAGCACCCCGAGGUGUUACAGUCGAUUCUGCUGGGCGCUGCCUUCAGGUGCAUCCCAGCUCCCUGCUCAGCCCCCUGAAGAAUUUUCCGUGAUGGCAUUUGCUGGGUGUUUGACAUCAUUGUUGUAAAGGCUCACAGUUUUGGAGCAACUCCCACUCAAACCUUUCUGGUACCUCGGUGUCAUCGGUUUUGGACUUGGGGGUUUGAGGUGUGUCUGGGGUAAAUUUAGAAGCAAGAAGAAAGGGUGCUGAGCCCAAUAUCACCAAAUUUGGCAGAAAUUUGUUCCAAGCUUUAGACCAACAUAGGGGAUUCCAUAAAAUCAGGGAUAGUGCAGAAUGAAUGAAAGAGAGGAGGAGUAAAUAUCAAACAACCUGUUGACCCUUUCCCAGAAAAGUCAGGAACGUGAAUUUCAGUGCUUUCGUGGUAACAUGUAUAAGCCAGGACAAAAGUACAAAAGCUAUGAGUCUGUUAGGAAGGAGUUAAAAAAAAUUCUCAACAGUUUCUCCUACCACCUCUACAAACAUAGAGGCCAAGAGAAAAUGCACACACAUACACACACUCACAUUCCAGCAAAGAACCUGUUUUGCAAGUUUUGCUGGUAAAAAGCAGGAAGGGGGUUGCUGGAGAGUCAAGUGAAAAAGCCUUAGGAGUAUUCAUAGAAGGUUUUUCAAAACUAAGUUUUCAGGGUAAUUUUAUCCUGCAGAGAGAGGCGCAUGGACCACUGUAGGCUUUUCUUCAACUGCUUAAGAGCAUUGUUAGACAGGGAGGGGCAGAUUAACGGAUGCCUAUAAUUUUGAUCAUUGUUUUCUGCAAAACAGCUCAGGCUUUGAAAAACGAAGCCAUCAUUCUUGGCAAGGUUUCUGCCAACAGCACAAAUUAUACCGUGCAGAGAUCCAAAGCCCCUAAAAAGGUUUCAUUAAUGAACAAUUUCAGAGGACUGUUUAAGUCUUCACCCGACAGGUAACGUUGGCCCGCAGGCAGGUGGGGUUAGGGUUUCCGUGGAGAUUUAUGAUGUCAUGCUUGAAAGAGCAUGUCAAGACAGCCAAUUUAACAAGUAGCUACUCAAAAAGUCCUAUAGGCUGGAAGUAGCUGUUAUGCAAAUGACAAAAGAGUUUCACUGGGAAAAACUGUGAAAGAAAACCGUAGAGACAUGGAGGGGGGUUUACCUGACAGCUCAGGAGAUGACUCCGGAGUCCAUUAGAGACGAAAACUUCCAGAAGCUGAAUUAGAUUUUCUGCUUUAACUGCCGUUUCACCUGUGGAGCUCCAGGUACAGACAAGAAGCCCCAAACUCUCUCACAGUCCUCAGCCUCCCAACUUGGGCGACCCAGUGGAGCAUCUGUCAGAGGCGUCUGCUGAUUCUUUGGAAGCCAUGUCUGAGGGAGAAACUCCCAGUCCUUUCUCCAGAGGCAGCCGGACUCGGGCGAGCCUUCCAGUGGUGAGGUCCACCAACCAGACGAAAGAAAGAUCUCUGGGGGUUCUUUAUCUCCAGUACGGAGAUGAAACCAAGCAGCUCAGGAUGCCAAACGAGAUUACAAGUGCAGACACAAUCCGUGCUCUCUUCGUAAGUGCCUUUCCACAGCAGCUCACCAUGAAAAUGCUGGAGUCGCCCAGUGUCGCCAUUUACAUCAAAGACGAAAGCAGAAAUGUCUAUUACGAACUGAAUGAUGUCAGGAAUAUUCAGGACAGAUCCCUUCUCAAAGUGUACAACAAGGAUCCUGCCCACGCAUUCAACCACACGCCGAAAACUGUGAACGGAGAGAUGAGGAUGCAGAGAGAAAUUGUUUAUGCAAGAGGAGAUGGCCCUGGUGCCUCUCGACCUGGACCCACAACUCUUCCACCCCACGCCAUUCCAAACUCUCCGCCAUCCACUCCCGUGCCCCAUUCCAUGCCUCCCUCUCCAUCCAGAAUUCCGUACGGAGGCACCCGCCCAAUGGUGGUUCCUGGUAAUGCCACCAUCCCCAGGGACAGACUCUCCAGCCUGCCAGUCUCCAGAUCCAUCUCCCCCAGCCCCAGCGCCAUCCUGGAAAGAAGAGACGUGAAGCCGGAUGAAGACAUGAGCGGCAAGAACCUCGCCAUGUACCGGAAUGAGGGUUUCUAUGCCGACCCUUACCUUUAUCACGAGGGGCGGAUGAGCAUAGCGUCUUCGCACAGCGGGCACCCACUGGAUGUCCCCGAUCACAUCAUCGCGUAUCACCGCACCGCCAUUCGGUCAGCCAGUGCUUACUGCAACCCAUCUCUGCAAGCAGAAAUGCACAUGGAGCAGUCACUGUACAGACAGAAGCCAAGGAAAUACCCAGAGAGCCACCUGCCCACUCUGGGCUCCAAGACGCCCCCGGCGUCUCCUCACCGAGUCGGCGACCUGAGGAUGGUGGAGAUGCACGGUCACCAUAACGCCCACGGGCCCCCCCACACGUUGCAGCCAGACCGGGCCUCGCCCAGCCGCCAGGGCUUCAAGAAGGAGCCUGGCACCUUGGUGUAUAUUGAGAAGCCACGGACCACUCCAGGAUUAUCCGGGAUUGUGGACCUCGGCCCUCCUCUAGUUGAGAAGCAGGUGUUCGCUUACAGCACGGCUACCAUACCCAAAGACCGGGAGACCAGAGAGAGAAUGCAAGCCAUGGAGAAACAGAUUGCCAGUUUAACUGGCCUUGUUCAGUCUGCGCUUUUUAAAGGGCCCCUUACAAGUAAUAGCAAAGAUGUCUCUAGUGAGAAAAUGAUGAAAACCACAGCCAGUAAGAACCAAACAGAUGGUGCAGGAACGCCUCAGGUUUCCGGUGGGAAGACUCUCGGCGCUGUGGAUUCCUCGGGGCCGCCCGGCCAGCCGGCGCCCGCCAGCGCCUCUGCGGUCCACGCGAGCCUGCUCGACAUGAGGCGGAGCGUGGCCGAGCUCAGGCUCCAGCUGCGGCAGAUGCGACAGCUCCAGCUGCAGAACCAGGAGCUGCUGAAGGCAAUGAUGAGGAAGGCUGAGCAGGAAAUCAGCAGCAAGGUGAUCGAGACGAUGAAGAGGCUGGAGGACCCUGUGCAGCGCCAGCGGGUCCUGGUGGAGCAGGACAGGCAGAAGUACCUGCACGAAGAGGAGAAGAUCGUCCGCAAGUUGUGUGACCUGGAAGACUUUGUUGACGAUCUAAAGAAGGACUCCACCUCGGCCAGCCGUGUGGUGACUCUGAAAGACGUGGAGGAUGGGGCUUUCCUGUUGCGCCAGGUGGGAGAGGCCGUUGCCUCCCUGAAAGGAGAAUUUCCAACCUUACAAAAUAAGAUGCGAGCCAUCCUGCGCAUAGAAGUGGAGGCGGUGCGGUUCCUGAAGGAGGAGCCACACAGGCUGGACAGUCUCCUGCAGAGAGUGCGCGGCCUGACGGACACCCUGACCAUGCUGCGGAGGCACGUCACCGACGGGCUCUUGAAAGGCUCGGAUACAGCCCAGGCCGCGCAGUACGUCGCUAUGGAGAAAGCCACGGCCGCCGAGGUCCUGAAGGCCCAGGAGGAGGCCCCCCACAGCUCGGGCCAGCCCCUCCCCGGCGCGGGCGUCCCCGGCGACGUGAAGGCGGAAGUGGUGCCCUUGGCCGUCCACCACGCGCAGAGCUCUCCCGUGGUCAUCCAGCCGUCCCAGCUCUCCUCCGCGCUGCUGAACCCCGCCCAGCACGCGCCCGGGGGCCCAGGCCCUCACCCCGCCAGCGCCCCCGCCACCACGCAGGAGGCCCCCUCCGCUCUGCCGUCCCCGCACAUGCCGGGGGACGGCUCCUCCGUGCAGAGCCUGUUCAUCGAGGAAAUCCACAGUGUGAGCGCCAGGAGCAGGGCGGUGUCUAUUGAGAAAGCAGAAAGGAAAUGGGAAGAGAAAAGGCAAAAUCUGGACCACUAUAAUGGGAAGGAGUUUGAGAAACUCCUAGAAGAAGCCCAGGCCAAUAUUAUGAAGUCAAUUCCAAACCUGGAGAUGCCACCAGCCUCAGGCCCCCAGCCAAAGGGUGAUGCUCCAGUGGACAAGUUAGAACUUUCAGAAGACUCUCCAAAUUCAGAACUGGACUUGGACAAGCUGGGGGGUAGGUCCCCACCUCCUCCUCCACCACCGCCACGGCGGAGCUACCUGCCAGGAUCUGGGCUCACCACCACAAGGUCGGGGGACGUGGUCUACACCGGCAGGAAGGAGAGCGCCACUGCUAAGGCAAGCAGUGGAGAUGCUGGACCAAGUCCACAGGCUAGAGCCACGAAGUGUCCGGCCGAGGAGCCGGCGGCAGCCUGGGCCCCGUCGCCACCCCCUGUCACUGCUUCUGCGAAGGAUGAGGAGGAGGAGGAGGAGGGAGACAAAAUCAUGGCGGAACUUCAGGCAUUCCAGAAGUGUUCCUUUAUGGAUGUAAAUUCAAACAGUCACGCUGAGCAGUCCCGGGCUGACAGCCACGUUAAAGACACUAGGCCGGGGGCCACAGCCCCAUCCAAGGAGAAGAAGGGCAUUUUUGGAAGUUGGAGAACCAAGCAACCCAAGAAUUUGGAAUUUUUCCAUGAAGACGUACGGAAAUCUGAUGUUGAAUAUGAAAAUGGCCCCCCAGUGGAAUCCCGGAAGGUUACCCCAGGGGCUCUCACACCUAGUGACCAUCCUAAGUGGGAAAGAGAAAUGGAGAAUAGUAUUUCUGAUGCAGCAAGAACAGCAGAAUACAAAACUGACAUCUCAAUGAAGGAAAGUUCCCUCUCCACUAAGAGUUUACUUAGAGACAGUAAAAACCAUUCUCAGAAAAAUGUGUCUAAAGUCAAUUCUAGUUUCUCUGGUGUUAGUUCAUUUGAAUGUGAAAUCAACAAAGGACCUAAAAAGUCCGGGCUGCAGUAUCCUGCAUCUGAUGCUGAGAAUCAGAAGAUGAAUUAUGGGAAGACAAAGGGGGUGAGUCAGCAAGGACAAGAAGAUUCAGAGAAGGGUCACCUUCCCGCUCCCAUUAGAUCAACCAAAUUGACCGCUCAUGAUGUCAAAACUCCAGACCAAGAGGUUCCCAUGACAGAGUUUGGCCAAGUUGUCCUAAGACCAAAGGGAGCUAAGCAUGCUAACAUGAUCCCUAGUGAGGAUGGGGAGUCCACACCAAGUUCUCCCAGCGAGGAGAAGGCAACCACCGACAACAUUGCCUUCAUGAUCACCAAAACCGCGGUCCAGGCUCUCUCCAGCGGGGAGGUCCGCGAUAUAGUGAGCCGACAGGGGGAAGAUGUUCAGACGGUCAACAUUGAUGCCAAAAAAGAGCCGCAGUCCCAGCAGGAAGGCACUGAAAGUGAAGAGCCCGUGGUGUGCCUGGACAAGAAGCCCGUGAUCAUCAUCUUUGAUGAGCCCAUGGACAUCCGGGCUGCAUACAAGAGACUUUCAACCAUAUUUGAGGAGUGUGACGAGGAACUGGAGAGAAUGAUGAGGGAAGAAAAGAUAGAGGAAGAGGAAGAGGAGGAGACUGGAGACCCUGUGGUCCAGAAUGACACUCCCCAAAAGUUUCCUAAGGAGGGGGCUUUGGGCAGCCCUCGAGCAGGGCAGGAGGCCAAGAGUAAAUUGCAGCCACAUUUCCUUUCAGUGGAGACAGCAGUGUCAGGAGGACAGGAAGUGAAUAAAACCGAGCAGAUCAAGUUCAACCCAACCGAUUCUCCAAGCUCAGAAAGCCAGGGUGAUGUGACCGAUGACCAAUUUGAAAGCCCCAAGAAAAAGUUCAAGUUCAAAUUUCCAAAGAAGCAGCUUGUGGCUCUCACGCAAGCCAUUCGCACAGGCACGAAGACUGGGAAGAAGACGUUACAGGUGGUGGUCUACGAAGAGGAGGAAGAGGACGGCACGCUGAAACAGCACAAGGAAGCCAAGCGAUUCGAGAUCAGUAGGUCUCCAUCCGAAGACGCCCCUAAAAGCCUGUUCAGGAGACUAGAGCAGCCCAGUCCAGAGAGUACUGCUCUGGUUUCGAGAACUGAUGAAAUCAGAAAAAAUACCUACAGGACAUUGGACAGCCUGGAGCAGACCAUCAAACAGCUGGAAAACACCAUCAGUGAGAUGAGCCCCAAAGCCCUAGUUGAGACCGCGUGUUCUUCCCACAGAGAUUCUGUUGCAAGUUCAUCCCACACGGCCCAGGAGGCCAGUCCCCCGUCCUUGCUAGUCCUGGAUGAAGCAUCCACUGCCUUAGAGCCCCCCUCAUCUAUACCUUCAGCUUCACGUAAGGGCUCCACCGGGACCCCUCAGACGAGCAGGAUGCCAGUCCCCAUGAGUUCCAAGAACAGACCGGGAAGCCUGGACAAGCCUGGCAAGCAGUCCAAACUGCAGGACCCCCGCCAGUACCGCCAGGCUAAUGGAAGUGCUAAGAAAGCUGGUGGGGACUGUAAGCCUACUUUCCCCUCCUUACCUGCUUCUAAGAUUCCAGCCCUUUCUCCCAGCUCUGGGAAAAGCGGUUCUCUGCCUUCUUCUAGUGGUGACGGCCCUAACUUCCCUAAUCCGCCUGCUACUAAACCAUCGGUUCCUUCUAACCCUCUCAGCCCCCAAACAGGACGACCUGCUCCCUCCGCCUCCCUGAUCCCCUCUGUCUCUAAUGGCUCCUUAAAGUUUCAGAGCCCCACUCAUACAGGGAAAGGUCACCAUCUCUCAUUCUCACUGCAGACUCAAAAUGGCCGAGCAGCCCCUCCUUCCUUCUCCUCCUCCCCCCCGUCCCCUGCCUCCCCCACUUCACUGAAUCAAGGUGCAAAGAGCAUCAGGAGCAGCCACACUCCUGGCCUCACCAGCUACAAGGCACAGAACGGAAGUUCAAGCAAAGCCACCCCAUCCACAGCAAAGGAAACCUCUUAAAGGCCAAAUCCAAUUAAACACAAGUUGGAGUUACAUUUAAGAAAAAAAAAAUUUUUUUUAAACAGUCUUACUGUUUUCACAAGAGAAUGUAACAUAUUGCUGUACUGUUUGAGGCUUAAUGCUAAGUAUGUGCUAAAUACUGAAUUAAUAGACUUCAGUAAAGCUUUUUUUUUUUUUUUUUUUUUACUUUGUUGCUGUUCUAAUUACAUAGCGUUUACUGUCUCUAUUCAGUACCUGUUAAAUGAAGCAAGCAUGUGUUACCAAAAAAGAGAGUAUGGUGAGAGAGAAGGGUGUGUGUGAGACAGGAAAAUAAAAUAUGUAUUAAGCAUGUAAAACAUGUAUGAUUCAAGAAUUUUAGUAUGUUUUGUAUAAAAAUAUUUUUCAUUACGGAGACUAGAAGUGAACAGAGAAAUACACAAGUGUGACUAUACAAAUUGUAAAACAGAUACUAUUAUAUUUCCUUUUAUUUUAGUGUUAUUUAGCUUUAUUACAGAUUUCUAUUUUUGUCAAAACUUCAUGGUUCCUUUCGAGAUCUUUUUUGCCAAAACAUUUUGAUACUAUAGCAUUGUACAUUUGAAAGUAGUGUGCUAGACAGGAAGCCAGUGAACUUCUACACGGGCCGACACAGAGGCACGUGUAGAAGGCAAUUAUCAACCCUACUGCACUGCCAUGAAAAUUAUGUAUAAUAAUUUGCCAGCCCAAGCUAGCUAGUUCUGCUUUUCUUUCUUUCUUUUCAACAUAUUGGGAUUCUCUAGUUGUUUCUUUGCAGCAUCUCAGUCCUCCCUUUGUUUUCUGAGACCUGGGAACCCACACCACUGCAUUGUGGAUUUUAAAAUGUACACUUCUGUACGGUUCUGUAAACGGAUCAAUUUUUGUAAAUAUAUAAAUAGACGCCAAAAACACUGUAUGUGACAGCACAUAGAGUAGUUUUCCCACACCAAAGUUCAUUUUUAUGCAUGCUUUAAACAUCCAUCUUGGGAUGGGCAGAAAUGGGACUUGCCGGACAUUUUUAAAAGGCAACAAGUUUGCACAGCUAGAGUGUUUUUGUACAUAAGUGUAUUUGUAUAACACAGUCAUGUAAUAUACAGAACUAGACACAGAGACUUUGCAAAACUAAAUAAAGGGCUGCAUGCUUACUA